CACGUUUCAUAUUGCAUUCACAAGCACCACGUCCAAGUUCUGCUCCCUUUUGCUGACGUCCAAAUGAGAGCAAACAAAACAAAAGACAAAGCACGCUGGCGCAUUGCAAACUGACCUAUUCACCACCCCACGUUUAGAACAAGCACCGCACCCACCGGGAGAGAAAGCCCCAUGAACAGUGCCCUCCCCCUUCCACGCGAGACACGUUGGUACGCGAGACACAUUGGGUAAGAGGACCACAGCCUGAUCAAUCAUCAGUCAGCCCCUUCGCUCGCUCGCGAGCACGAAAAGCCACAGGCAGGUAUAAAGGAUGAAGCACACCCCGAUGAGCACGAGGGGGGCUAUGGUGAGGAUGGUGUUUGUCGAUCCAGCAUCGUAGUUGCGGUGCAGUGACCAGCUGAGAGCCCACAGGAGCACUGCGAAAUCGGUGAAGAGGCACAAGGUCAAGAAUUGGCCACGCAAGAGGACGACCCGUGCGGCGAACCACAAGGCGACUGCACAAAUGAGGAUGGACAGGGAAACAGUGGCCAUGCGCUCGGCGCUGAGGGUCUCGAGGUCAUACGUCACCCAAGAGAUUAGGUUGAGUAGCAGGGCGACCACCACCCACGUCGCGUAGAUGAACAGCCCGUUGACGACCAGCGCGUGGAAAGUAAAGGCGUCGAAGUUGCAAUUACAUGGUUCAGGAACGGAACGGCCCUUCCAGAAGACGGCCGCAAUGGCGCCCCAGAGUCCUAUGUUGACGAAUAGGAGGAAGAGCACCGAGAGGCCCAGCAUCUCGUUGGUCCACACGUAGACCCACACGGCAUUCGACACACACGCCAGGCUGUACGAGACGUACUGAAUGAAACACGCGCACAGAAGAGGCUCCAUCAGGAAGCUUGUGUGUCAGGCCUUCGCUUACGAAGAGCGGCGUGAGAAGAUGCUUGUCGAAUGCACCGGUUUGGUCACCUUCAUCCUGAUGCCGCCUCCGACCAAUCCGAAACCCGCAGACCAGCGGCAUAAAGGCGUCGUACAGUGCGAACACUAGCAGCAGGGUAUUCCAAAGAUAGAUCACGCCCCAGAUGGCGAACGCGCUGCCAGCUGGCGUGAUUGGAGUGUCAUACUUGUCAGACACCUGCAGGCAGGCAGGCAGACAGACAGGCAGCCUACCGUUGGUGUCACAUUCGCCAUCUGCCUCAACUCACCUUUCCGACGGAUUUGACCUCCUCGCCGAGGAUGGCUGAUCUGGAGCUGUCGAAGUUGAAGGCCAAGUUGAGCGCGAACAGCACCACCGUCAAGACGAAGAGCACAGCCACCAAACCAGCGGCAGCCUGGCGCGAUAUUUUGACUCGACAGCGCCCCGAGGUCCCGCCAGGCGAAGGGUUGUCGGGCGCUGUCGACUGGACUGUACUAAAGGUCGGCCCCAU